AUGAACACAAUAAAAAAUACAUUCACAAGUAGUGCCAUAUCAAAAUCAGAACCUUCACUUUUGCCAAUGAGUUUAAACCUCAGCACUUUGCCUUUCCCACAGUUUCCUGUAUGCCACAAUCAUUUCUCUGUUGUAAUCAAGGGAAACAAAACACAUAUUAUUGUUAUGAGUUAUGAAGAUCAUUUUCAGGUUAUAGCCACUCAAAUAGGAACUAUGGGGACAAUACUGCAUGCCAGGAAGGAAGGUGAGUCGAUUAAUCCAACUUUCAAUGUUUCUGUUAUAUUUGGCAAACGGGAUGAGCCAAUGUUGGCUGCGUGUGCCCCUCAACUGAUUGAGAAGAUAAGUCUCUCUGGCUCCUCUAAGUCACUGGUGCUCUCGCUUGGUCUUAAAGACCAUUCUAAGGAAACAUUGAAAGGCAUAAUUUCAACUGUCAUCAACAAUGGCCUAUGGUAACAAAUUGCUCAUGAAAUGCCAAAUUUAUGAAUCUGUUUUUGUUUUUUGUUGCUAUUUUUUUA